AUGUCAAUUUCUCCAUGCUCUCGUUCCCGCCUUCUGAUUCUGUACUAUAACUUAGCUCCCUCAUGUGGUUGUCCCCCAACUAAUCCGUCAUGUCCUCCGCAACCUGGCUGUCAACCAAUUUAUGGAGUAACAACGCAUCAUGUACAAACUGCUCCGAUAGCUCUACCCGACGAACUGGAAAUGAGAGCAGCAGCCUUCGGUAUUCCAGUAGCACAACAGCAUACUCCAAACAACUUAGAGCAGUUUGAAAAGUUGGUCGAACGACAGGAGGCCAUCUCUGCCACUGAAAAUUCAGGAACGGCCACGGUUGAAUCGCCUGACGUCUCCGUAAGGCUUGAAAGUGAAGAAAGCGUGAGACGAACACCGGAAGAACGUGCAACGCCAACGGUACUAUUUAUUACUUGUUUUGAUGAUGUUUAG